GGGCGGGGCGGGAGCAGCAGGAGCAGCAGCAGCGGCGUCUCCCGGGAAAGCCGGCCCUCCCUCUGUGCCGGCCAUGGUGCUGAGCUCCCUGAAGGCCGCGACGCUGCGCUCCGGGCGGCGGGCUUGCCUGGCUCUGCUGGCCGGCGCCUACCGAGGCUGGCCGGCCUGCCUGACGCCGCCCUUCCGUUACAGGCUCCUGCUGGGGACGCUCUACCCGGCCUACGCCUCCUACAAGGCCGUGAGGAACAAGGACGUCCGGGAGUACGUGCGCUGGAUGAUGUACUGGAUCGUCUUCGCUCUCUUCAUGGCCACCGAGGCCAUCACGGACACCUUCGUUUCCUGGUUUCCCUUCUACUAUGAGAUUAAAAUGGCCUUUGUGAUAUGGCUCCUGUCUCCUUACACAAAGGGAGCCAGCGUGUUGUACCGCAAGUUUGUGCAUCCCAUACUGUCCAGCAAAGAAAAGGAGAUCGACCACUUCAUAUGCCAAGCCAAAGAACGUGGCUACGAGAGCCUUGUGAGCUUUGGGAAGAAGAGCAUCAACGUGGCAGCCACAGCAGCUAUCCAGGUGGCUGCAAAAGGCCAGGGAGCCCUGGCAGGUCGUUUACGCAGCUUCAGUAUGCAGGAUUUGCGCUCCAUGCCAGAGACAGCCAUGGUGCAUUACUCAGAUCCCCUCUAUCUGGAGGAACAGGAGCUGUGCCGGCGACCGAUUGGGCGCAGGCCAGCAGUGCAGCAGCCGGGCCCUGACAGCAACGAGGAGGAGGAGGAGGAGGAGGAGGACUACUGGUCGGACACUGAGCUGUCUGCCCCCUCCAGAGGCCGCCGCAGGGACCCCGCUGUUCUUAAGCCCUUGGCCAGGAGCCAAAGCCUUCGGCAGGGGAAGAAGAAGCUGCCACCUAAAGAGAGUUCUUCCCGGGGGGUCCGAAGUCGUUCCCGGAAGCAGAUGCAGGACCAAGACCGCUAGGCUCCCCUGGGGGCAUGGCUGCCAAGGCCCCCAAGUGUGCCGCACCACUGGUGCUGGGCUGAGGUUUUGGGGUCACACGAUCUGCUCAUAUUUCCCCAGUGCCAGAGCACAUGUUGCUGCCUGGGGACCCCUGGACCAGCCGCUCCCGGUGCCUCUCUUCCCCUGGGGGAGCUGCCUAUUGGGAAGGACUUGCCCAGCCUAAGGACGGAUGGGGCGCUGGACUGCUGCCUUAACCGUUGGCCCAGGACCUUUGCAACCAUGGCAUCUUUGGCCAGAGCCCCUCUCUGUCCUUGCCUGCGGCUGGCUCCGCUUGCCUGCCCCACAGUGCCUGCUCCUCUUCCUUCGGGGCUGCCGCUGCUGCCCCCUUUUUAGUCUUCCAAUAAAGGCGUUUUUUCCUCUC